CAUCAACAAACCAUCCCAACUCAACACUCUCUAGUUCAUCCCUUUUCUUAGUCUAUAACAACCCUGCAAAUUUCUAGUUCAUUUCAAUGGCAACAAUGGCCACAACCCUUACCUCUUCACUCUCCAAAUCAUCAUUUUUCGAUAACAAGUCAUCGUUCCAUGGCUCGCCUUUGUCCAACCGGGUUCAAUCCAUUAAAUCGAGUCAACAAAACUUUUCAAUCACCAUGUCCGCGUCAACCCCUUACAACCUUGACAACUUCAAAUUCCAACCUAUUAAAGAAUCCAUUGUUUCACGAGAAAUGACCAGACGAUAUAUGAUGGAUAUGAUCACCCACGCUGAUACAGAUGUUGUCGUUGUGGGCGCCGGCUCUGCCGGGCUCUCCUGCGCCUAUGAGCUCAGUAAAAAUCCUAACAUCCAAGUUGCCAUUAUCGAACAAUCCGUCAGCCCUGGAGGGGGCGCAUGGCUGGGAGGGCAGCUGUUCUCUGCCAUGGUUGUGCGUAAACCGGCACACAAAUUCUUGGACGAGCUCGAGAUUGAGUACGAUGAACAAGAUGACUAUGUUGUCAUCAAACAUGCGGCCUUGUUCACCUCGACUAUCAUGAGCAAACUCUUGGUCAGGCCUAAUGUGAAGCUGUUCAAUGCCGUGGCAGCCGAGGAUUUGAUAGUGAAGGGUGGGAGAGUCGGUGGGGUUGUCACCAACUGGGCUUUGGUUUCGAUGAACCAUGACACACAAUCUUGCAUGGAUCCUAAUGUGAUGGAGGCUAAAGUGGUGGUUAGUUCUUGCGGCCACGACGGACCUUUUGGCGCCACCGGUGUUAAAAGGCUGAAGAGCAUCGGAAUGAUUGACAGCGUGCCCGGGAUGAAGGCCCUCGACAUGAAUACUGCCGAGGAUGCCAUUGUUAGGCACACUAGAGAGGUCGUGCCUGGUAUGAUUGUCACCGGCAUGGAAGUUGCAGAGAUCGAUGGGGCUCCAAGAAUGGGUCCAACUUUUGGGGCAAUGAUGAUUUCAGGGCAAAAGGCAGCCCAUUUGGCCUUGAGGGCAUUGGGACAGCCAAAUGCACUAGAUGAUUCUUAUACUGAAUUGAAAAGCACUCAAUCAGAGUUGAUUCUUGCUUCUAUUGAGACUGAAGAAAUUGUGGAUGCAUAAUUUCAACAAAAGGGUACAUUCAUGCAUAAGAAUACAAUUGUGAAGCUUCCGAUCAAGAAUAAAGAGAGGGUCAUAGAAUGAUCAUAACAAUGCAUGUGGAUAACAAAUUGGGAUGGUGCCUCAGUUUUGAUUGAAGUGCUAUCUUCUAUAGUUUUUUCUUUUUAAAUUUGGAGACAUGUCUUUUAGACUCAGUAUUAUGCAAAUCUUGGUCUUAAUUUCUUGGUAUUAUCAGUAAAUGUAAAACAAUGUUCAUAUUUCCUCUAUUAGUUUGAAUUGAGUUUGAAAGA